AUGGUGGAAGCUGCACGACGUGGGGACCCGAGCAAGGUGCCGACAGCAGACCUGGACGAGACAGAGCAGCCAAAGGAGGAUGUGAGCACGAGUGCCGAGGGCGACAAGGACAAAAAAGAGGACAGCGUGGUGGAAGCUGCACGAUGUGGCGACCUGAACAAGGUGAGCGCGAGUGCUCGGGGCGACAAGGACAAAAAAGAGGACAGCUUGGUGGAAGCUGCACGACGCGGCGACCUGAACAAGGUGAAGGAGGUUUUGGCGAGCGAUGGUGACCUCUCCAAUGGCUUGGAGAGUGGUCAAGAGACUUUCCCAGACAGAGCACUUGCUGCCGAUGGCAAAAGCCAGGGUUUCGUCCCCAGGACCAGGGCUUGCGAGGGCAAAAGCUCGGGGACCAGGCCGAUCAUUGCAGCUGCCGUCUCAGGGCACAGCCAUGUCGCGUGGGAGCUCUUACGGUCGAGAGCUGACGUGGAUGCCAGAGAUUCCGAUGGACUCACAGCACUCUCGGCAGCUUUCUGCUCGAAGGAUUGCGACAUCCACAUGUGGUUUCUUUUGCAUCAGGCAGCAGAUCAAAAGCGAAAGAAGCCUGAUCAGAGUUCGGACGCUCAAGAAGACAUCCGGAAUCAUGAUGAGCGGACCUCGAACACUCAAGCAGUGCGAAAUCAGAGUUCGGACGCUCAACAAGACUUCCGGGAGGAUGAGAAGCAGACCUUGCACAUGCUCUCGAACGCUCAAGCAGACAUCCGCGAGGAUGAGUUCUUGCGCAUGUUCUUCAACGGGCUCAAGCAAGCAACAGUCAUGGCAGACAUCCGCACGGAUGAGAAGCGGACCUUGCGCAUGCUUGUUACACUGCUGCGUGGAGAAGGGGAGUUCUACACGGCAAAGGUUAAAAGCUUGCUGAAGGAGGUUGAACCCGGACUCUUCCGCUCUGAGAGAUUGAGGGAGCGAGUGCGCACAGUCCUUUGCGAUUAUGCAUGGGACAGGCAGGAGGUGCAGGAAUUUCUUCAUGAGGAUCGCCGGAGGUCUCGGAAGUCCAUGUUCGCUGGCGCUGAUGAUCGUGCCAAGAAGCCCGAGGAUGUCGAUGCAUUCAACUUGAGCUGGCACAACAUGCUCUAUGCCCCGGAAGUACAGGUGUCGUUGCAAAUGCUGCCAAUCGCGGCACCUCUGGCAUGCAAGCCGUCGGUUCUUGCAGCACUGGCUGAGACCGCUAACGAGGAGACCCUACAAACAGACACUGUGGAAGCCAUCACUGCAGCGGCGUGGCUCCAGAUGCGAGUGGCCACCGCCGUCGACAAUUUCCUGAACUGCGUGGCUGUGGGAUGUUUGUGUUUGGUAACUUGGGCGUGUCGUAAAGGUGACAUGGAUGCCCAGCCAGCACUAUGGGUCCUGGCAAUGAUUCAGAUCAAAGAGGCUGUGGAGUUGCUCUCUCAACUUGGACUCUAUGGCUGGAGCUGUAUGCCCUGGAGGCACAAGGACGCCCAAGGCAAGGGGCAUGCGGAUCGCGUGGACGGACAGGACAUGAAGCUGCUGGGUGAUGCGGACAUCUCCUUUGUUCAGCCUGCGCCCGGCUUGGAAACUCUCGUUGAUUUCCUCUUCUUGGUCGCCGGCUCCUUCGCCAUCUAUGGCCAGAUGGAUCUCUGUAGCGACCUUGAGUUGGAGCCCAUCUUCUUGCCAGGAUUUUGCUCGAUGUACUGGCUCCGACUCAUGUACAGCCUUCGUGGAGAGCGGUGGCUGGGGCCCUACCUUCUACCGAUUCUAUCAGCCGUUCGAGACACCGGGGCGUUCUUCUUCGUCACCUCCCUCUGCGUUGCAAGUGCGACCCAUGCCUACGUGAUCAUGAACCCCCGAGGCGAGGAUGAGUACCCCAUCUACUCUUCGUUCUUGCACACGGUUCGAUUGGCCAUCUUCGGAGACUUUGACAUGUUUGAGUACCAGGGCCAGGACACAACCUUUGAGCAUGUGGAGGGCGAGUGGGCGCCGAUUGAUCCCAGCCCGAAAGCUGUGGGAGACAGCCCUUACAGGCCUUACAUCUACCUUCAGCUGUGCUUCUUCGGCACCGGGAUUGGCAUUACUGUGCUGCUCAUGAACCUGCUGAUUGCUAUUCUGAGCCAGAACUACGAGAUGCAGCAAGAUCGGGCACAAGGGCUCUUUGUGCAGGCCCGCGCGCGCAUGCUGCUGGAGGUGCAGCGCAGGCCUUGGAUGAUGGUGGGCACUUGGCUCGGUCGCAAGCUCUUGGACCCCGAAGCCAAAAAGCCUCCGCCCCCUUACUUGCACUUUGCGAAGUUGGCAGAGAUCGCACUGAGCCCUCUCAAGUUAAUCAUGGAGUCCCUGGCCCCGGGGACGUACUACCAGAAGAAGCUCUUCGAACGUUUCAUGCAGCGUGCGCUCUGGAGCCCUGUCUCAAAGUAUAACUUCUUGGCGCUUGGCAUCCCAGUAGUGUGUGUGGUGCUGCUGGCCGGGUCUCUAAUGAGCCUGCUGGCUUUUGCCUUCGUCGUCCUGGUGCUGCCAGCCGUUGGCUUUCGGCGCACAGGCAUUCGCUACACGCUCAACCUCAGCUUGUUCGGCCUCUUUGGUGAUCGCUUUGCCGAGGAGUGUGAGAUUUUUGCUCUGGUCCGGACGGACCCUACACCGCAAUUAUCGGGGGUGUAG